GGCGGCGGCGGCGGCGGGGGCGGCGGGGGGCGGGGGCUACGGGGCGUGCACAGGGCGGAGCAGCCAGCCGCGGACGGGCACCCAGGCCAGUGGGUGCUCAUUGCACCAGAGUCUGCUACUGACCCCCCUAAGACACCUGACAGUGAACCUUUGUUUACAAAACUGCGCAAUCCAAGCACAGGGGAAGCAACCCUUUACUUAUUCAAUAGUGGUGCACAGCAGCUGUUUGAAGUAAAAGCUUUUCAUGAGGAAUAUCGUUCCUGGUUUAUAGGUCAGACUGUUCAACAAGAUGGGCGCCUGCUGUUUGUUACACCAAUGGACCCCUUAUUUCUGAUACUUUACUACCUCAUAAAGGCAAACAAGGAGCAGCAAGGAAAGUUCCAGCCACUCGAUCAAGUUGUGCUAGACGCAGAGUACCCUAACUGCCCAUUGCUGCUGAAGUGUGCAGAUGUUAAACAGUACAUACAUCAUGUAGCAGAAGAAAAAGAGAUUGGCAGUCAGAAAUUCCACAAAUACAGCCAAGAGAAGACACUGAAGUGGUUAAAGAAAAAGGUCAAUCAAACAGUGAAAGCACUUAAAAGCAACAAUAUAUCUGUAGGUGAAAGGGUACAUGCAGCUACAUACAUCAGCGGUAAACAGAUCACAGAUACUAAAGAAGACUAUGUGCGGUAUGCGCAUGGGUUAAUAUCAGAAUAUAUUCCUGAAGAUCUGAGUAAGGAGUUGUUAAAAUACUUAGGGCUCCCAGAACUUAGAAGCCCAGCACCAGAGCCACCAUUGAAGAAAAGGAAAUUAUCAGAUGUCCCUGUGGAAGCAGAAGAAGACUAUACUAAGUUUAACAGCAGCAAUCUGAAAACCAAAAAGGCAAACAGCAAGAUGUCUGCAGCACAGAAGGCUCUCGCCAAAGUUGAUAAGAGUGGAAUGAAAUCCAUUUCCACUUUCUUCAGCUCCAAACCUAAAGCAUCAAAAUAAAGACUCGUUCUUGAAAGAGUUUUAUACAGUGGUUAUUUUUAUGUUAAGCUAAAGAUGUCUCCUGGGCUUUUUUGUUGGUAUAGCAUAUGCAGGGCACGUCUAUGUACAUGGUGGAGUGUGUUGAAGAGAUCUGUGAGUUAGUGUUGACAGAGCUGUUACGCCUCAGCAGGGCAAGGCAGUACCAUGCAGAUAUUCCAGCCUGGGUCAGGAAGAGAGCCUAGCUGCAUUAGCAUGGUCCUGUGAGCUGAGAAGCAAGAUUUAGCAUGGUACCAUACUGAACUGCUGCUUGUUCUAGAAUAAGCUCAGUCAAGGCCACCACAGAGUUUUCUCCAUUGCACUCCAUUCUGGGCUGGAGACAUGCCCUCUUUUGAGUUUUUAAGGAGUUUUUCAUUCAUAAGGAGCAUUAUUUUUUGAGACUUUCUGGAGAUUUUUACACAGUAUAACACCAGAGUAGGAUGGCGUCAUUAGAUUUUUACGUUGACUCAAGUCUUAAGUGCUGAUGUAAGCAUUGCCAAUCGUGGCAAUUUAUUGAGGCAAAGAUAGUGUCUAUAUUGGGAUUUGGGUUGUUUU